AUGCUCCAGGGCCUUCCCUGCCUCUUUCUCCUGGGUGGCAACACGCGGCAGGAGGAGCCGAUCCCCUUGGUGCUGCGGUCUGGAGACGUCCUCAUCCUCUCCGGCUCAGCACGCCUCGCGUAUCACGGCGUCCCCAAACUCCUCUACUAUACGCCUGUUCCUCCUGCCGCAAGAGCAGCAGCAGCAAAGCCUGCUGCUGCUGCUCCUGCUGCUGCUGCUGCGGUUGCUGCUGCCAGGGGGCAUCCCUGCUGCGGUAGCAGCAGCAGCAAGAGUAGCAGCAACAGUAACGACUGCAGUAGCAGCAGCAGCAGCAGCAGCAGCAGGGACAGCAGCAGCAGCAGCAGCAGCAACAGCAGCAAGCACGAAACUGCAUGCAGCCCCGUAGAAAGUACCUCUGUGCCUCCGCAGCUGUUGCUGCUGCAGGCAGCGCAGCAGCAGCAGCAGCAGCAGCAGCAGAAGCAGGAAAAACAACAACAGCUGCAGCAGCAGCAGCAGCAGCAGCAGCAGCCGGAUCCCGAGUUGGUUGCUUUUGCAGCUUGUCUCCCUCACCUGCUGCGGGUAGAGCUCUCUCUCUGCUCUGUGCUGCAGCAGCAGCAGCAGCGGCUGGUGUACUGGCAGCAGCGGCUCGUUCAGGUGUAUAGGCAGCUGCAGCAGCUAAGAUUAAACUUCAGUUGCAGAGGAAUAUAA